ACCCACUCGCUUCGGCAAAACGCCAGACCCUGAAACGUCCCUCCGUCGCUGCUUCUUCUUCUUCUUCGUCUUCUUCUUCUUCUUCUCGGUUCAGUUCUAACUUCUAAGUUCUCCCUCCGGAAUGGGGACCUGUGCUUCGAACAUGAAGCACCGACUAUCGUUCGACUCUAAGCCGGACAACGUCGUUACUCCGUCACCGAUUAAAGACAAAAUGCUUCUCAGCGGCCACCGUCCCGGCGGGGGAGGGGUCACGGUGCCUGUUCGUGAUUUCGGUGGAAAAGAGGAGACUUUUUUUGAUUCCCAACCCUGGCUGGAGUCAGAUUGUGAAGAUGAUUUCUUCAGUGUGAAGGGUGAUUUUACCCCAUCUUGUGGUAGCACUCCAGUCCACUGGAGCUCUACUGCAGGGUCUCCACGAGUUGAUAGAGGCCUUUUUGGUGACAAGAAACCUGUUUCCACACUCGAACCAUCCCCAACUGACAAGAAGAAAAAACUAGCUGAACUUUUUCGAGAGGGCUUAAAGGGUGACCAAGAUGCUGACCAGAAUGGAGCGAAUGUAAUGGGGGAAGCUAAGACGACCAUAAUUGGCCUCCCUCCAAGAUCUGCAGAUGGCACGCCUUUUGUAUCUGGAGCUGCCUCUGCUUGCAGCAAUGAGAUUCCUGAUGGAGUAUGCGAACCGGACAAGUCUGUGCAGUGUUGUUUACCAAGAAUGCAUUUAAGCCGCAGCCUUAGUGAAAGGAAGAAGAAGACAAGACCACCUACAGGUAGCAUUGGUUAAUUACGAUCUUUAAUCACCUUUAUUUAGUCCGAUGUAUAUGAUAAUAUGAAGCCACCAUAAUCUGAAAGCUCUGAGAUUCCUACAAGUCAUUUAAACUUGGAUUCCAUGAGAGUUGAGUAAAUAUAGCCUAAUGAAAUUGGUGUUAGCUAGCUGUAACAGUACUUUUGCAUUCAAGAGUGUAUAAAGGCCAUGGAGAAGACCUCUUCUUGAAGCUUA